CACUACCCUUCACCGACCUCUUCAAAAAAGAGUAAAAAAAAAAAAAAAAAAAAAACCUUUUAACCCCUAAUCUUCCCUCUCUUCUUCUUCCUUCACUUUUGCUAACCCUAGCCCUCAAAAAAACCUCAACUGUAUUUAAAUUAUAGCCUCUAAUGGCGGAUACUACUGAUGAUAUAGAGAAGCUAUACGAGUAUGGUGAACGCCUUAACGAAGCUACAGACAAGUCUCAACAUAGGCAGGAUUAUGAGGGCAUUAUUGCAGCAGCUAAUGGCAGUGUGAAGGCUAAGCAACUUGCUGCGCAGCUCAUCCCUAAGUUCUUCAAGUUUUUUCCUCAGUUAGAGGCGCAAGCUCUUGAUGAGCAUUUCAAUUUAAUUGAAGAUGAUCAGCUCGGGGUCCGUGUACAAGCGAUCCGUGGACUUCCGCUUUUCUGCAAAGAUACACCUGAGCAUUUGUCUAAAAUUGUUGACAUUCUUGGUCAGCUCCUCGUUGCAGGAGAAAAUGUAGAGCGUGAUGCUGUACACAAGGCUCUUAUGACCGUAUUACGUCAGGAUGUGAAGACUUCUCUAACUGCUUUGUUUAAGCGUAUUGGGAGCAUCGAGGAUCGGACUGCUGAGGAUCUUAGCACUUGGGAAAGCAUUCGUGAAAAAGUUCUGUUAUUUCUUAGAGAUAAGGUGUUCCCUCUUAAGAUGGAGCUCCUAGUUCCACAGGAGCUGAUGGAGAGGCACAUAACUACUUUGGUGAAGCAGAAUUUGCAAGAUGUAACGGCUGAUGAAUUUAAAAUGUUCAUGGACUUUUUGAAAAGCCUGAGCUUAUUUGGCCAUAAAGCUCCUGCAGAGCGUAUUCAGGAGCUUGUUGAGAUUAUUGAAGGUCAGGCAGAUCUUGAUGCUCAAUUCGAUGUGUCGGAUGCUGAUCAUAUCAAGAGGUUCAUAUUAUGCCUUUCAAUGGCCUUUCCCUUCUUCAAGAGGGGUGCAUCGGGCAGUAAGUUUCUCAACUAUCUGAACAAGCAAAUCAUGCCUGUUUUUGACAAGCUUCCAGAACAAUGGAAGUUGGACUUGCUCAAGAACCUUGCGGAGUGCUCACUUUAUGCAAUAACUCAGGAUUCUCGACAGCUGCUUCCAUCAGUAGUUCAGCUUCUAAAGAAAUACAUGGUUCGAAGAAAGAUUGAAGAAAUUAACUACACGUGUAUCGAGUGUUUGUUGUAUACCUUCCACCAUUUAGCUCACAAGACUCCAAACGCGACAAACAGCCUCUGUGGGUAUAAGAUUGUGACUGGACAACCGUCAGAUAGAUUGGGAGAGGAUUUCUCGGAGCAAUAUAAGGACUUCACCGAGAGAUUAAGCACGGUUCAGGAUUUGGCUAGGGCUAUGAUCAAGAAACUAACCCAAGGAAUGGCAGAUCAAAACAAAGCACUGGCUGCUGCUAAAACGGAUGAAGAAAAGGACAAAAUUAAGACACAAAAGCAGAAUGCUACCUUUGCGCUUCGAGCUUGCAACAAUAUAUUAUCGAUGACCCAGCCAUUGCAUACAAAAACACCAAAAUUUAUUGGAGAUCAAAAAGUAAAUUUGUCAUGGAAAGAAGUUGUGAAGCCUUCGGGUCCUUCAACUGCUGCUGUUGCAGGUCAGAAGCGACCGGCUGCUACAACAAAUGGGUCAAGCAGUAACACAAUUAAAAAGGGCCGAGGAGGCGGUGGUACGCAACACCAGCUAGUUAACAAGGCAUUUGCAGGUAUCUACGAUGGUGGAAGAAGCAGUGGAAGAGGAGGUAGGAGUUGGCGUGGUCGUGGAAGAGGACAAGGACGAUCAUACCGCUAACGUGCUCACUCCAUUGUAACACUAAUUACUUUCACAACGAUCAGGUCAUUUUUCCUUUGGUAGGAUUUGGAUAUAUCUUGUGGCGACCCAGACGAGUAAUUUAGGCAUCCAGGGCGAAGGCAGGUUCAUCAUUGACAGAGGUUCUGAUUCUGUAGAUUUUGCUUGAUGAUAGUAUUUUAUUUUCAAGUAUGUAACUUUAAGUCUAUGUACUAUGAACCUAUAAUAAUACAUUAGUAUUUUAUUUAGCUGUUGCAAAGAAAUUAUGUA